GACAGCUGAAAUAGUGAAAUGUCAAAAUGGCGAAGAGUCGUGUUGUGUUGUGAAGUAUAGACAAAGAAAAUCUGGUUAUUAAGUUAUUGUUGACCUUAAUUAUUAAAUAUAAUCACUUGAAAAGAUUCAAUCAUUAAUCUGUAAGUGUAUCUAUAUAAUGCUCGAGCUUGAAAUUGUCCCAGAACGAUCUAUUGGCUGCGAACAAUGGGAAUUUAUACUAGGUAUGCAUUUCAGCCAAGCUGUGGCCAUAAUACAAUCUCAAGUCGGCAUCAUCAAGGGAGUACAGGUCAUCUACAGCGAUACGAAUCCUCUGGGAGCUGACCUGAUCUUGAACCUGCCGCAGGAUGGUAUCCGACUAAUCUUCGACUCUAUUGUGCAGAGACUCAAGAUUAUUGAAAUCUACAAUAUGAAACUGGUGAAACUAAGAUAUUGUGGUCUAAUCUUCAAUUCUCCAGAGGUAGUCCCCAGUAUUGAGCAAAUAGAACACUCUUUCGGUGCAACGCACCCUGGCGUGUACGAUGCAGAGAAACACUUGUUCGUGCUCAACUUCCGGGGCCUGUCCUUCUCCUUUCACGUUGACACCCAGUUCCAGGCUGGCCACACACAAGGUCUGGGCUCGCUACAGUUUGCUAGUGGCUCAUCUCCUUGCGUGUCCUGCACUAGUAUCUACAGCGGGCAGAAUCUCCUGGAAUGCUCUGCCCCACCCCUCCCCCUUUCCUGCUACUAUGCUCAGUUGUACCUAAACUAUGCUGAUGUGUUGAGAGACAAUGAUCGCACUAAGGGUUUGCGUCUCUAUCUCUACACUGAGGGGCUCACUCGCACCCGUAAGCAAUCGCUGGUGCGCGAAGUUCACUUCUCAGAUACAUGUCAGGAUGUGGCAACACUGCUUGGCACUCCACAGCGUGUCUUCUUCAAAGCUGAGGAUAAGAUGAAGAUCCACAGCCCCAAUGCUCAUCGUCGAGUUACCGCAAGAAGAUCUGACUUCUUCUUCAACUAUUUCUCACUUGGAAUGGACAUAUUGUUUGACGCACGGACAGAGAAGGUGAAGAAGUUUGUGUUGCACACCAACUACCCAGGUCACUACAACUUCAACACAUACCAACGCUGUGUCUUUCACCUGGGCUUCCCUAACCACACUGGACAGGAAAAGAAAGUUCAGAUCUCUGCCUAUACCAAAUGGGACAGCGUCUGUGAGCAAGUGAAGCCAUCUGACAGACCCGUGGUACUCAACAGAGCUUCAUCCACCAACACCACCAACCCCUUCGGUUCCACCUUCUGCUAUGGUUUUCAGGACAUCAUAUUUGAGGUGAUGUCGAACCAGCACAUAGCCUCGGUGACGCUCCACCUCUCACAGGACAGCUGUCAAGUAUGACGAUGGCUCACCGCCACGUGUCUAGUCUUGGCGGGGACAUAUUGCCAUUUCUGAGCACCUUAGGGCAUUUUUUUAGUUGAUUCAGGGCUGUCCAGUAUAACGAAUUGGUGCCAAUCGCAAGUGUUUGCUUUCAUUAUUCCCGACUCUCUUUGUGAACGAGGACAGAUGGUCUUUAAUAUUCUCUUAAUAAUUUUUUAUAGAAUUCCAAACAAAUCCUGUAGUUUACACAAUGAUAGGUUUUUAAGUAGUCAUUUAAUGUUGUAAUAUCUGUUGAAAAUCCAGCAUUUGGCAUAAAUUCUAGUUCAGUUUAUACAUAUGUGCAUGAAAUAUCCAUUGUUUAAAAUCUUUCCAUCAACAAUUUAAGAUUCACUACUAUAUGGAAAUAGUUUCUUUCAUUAUGUGUCUAUUCUCAAAAUAUGUAAUAUACUAAAUCAUGAGUUCUGUUAUUUAAAAAAUGUGUUAAAAAAUAAAUAUAUACAAAUACCAAUAAUAAUUACUCACAAUUUGUUAACCUUGUAAGAAAUUAAAAUUGAACAUGAUUGUAUAUUCCAUCUGUCUUCAUAACUGAGAUAGGGGAAUAAUGCCUCCACCAUAAGUAUACAGAAAUUGUAAAAGUAUUUUUAGGUUGAAUUACAGAGUAAUAUUUAUUUAGUAAAGAUUUGCCAUAAUCUACAUUGGACCUUGUUUGUUUUAUUUGCAAUCUUCAUAAUUUUUGUUUGGAUAGUGUUAAAAGCUUUUAUUACAUAGCAUUACGAUAUAUGACUGUGUAUACUCAUUAAUUUAACAUAAUGUUGUUCUUCAUGAUACAAAACCUUUAAAACACAUUUAAAUGUAUUAAGCUUUAGUUAGAAUUAGGCCUCAUCCUAUAAACUUUAUUUUUUAUGCCCAGAAUUUAAAAGUAAUAAAUGAAAGGUAAAUCCUUGAUAUUAUUCUUAUAUAUUUAUCAAAUCAUUAAUUCAUACAAUAAAUUAAGUAAGUAGUCACUAUUAUGGAAUUGUAAUACUUUCAUAACAAUAGUUUUGAAACUACUAUAUUUUAACAAAAGAUAAUUGUCUAAACACAUUAUUAUGAGUAUAUAUUACUGAGGAGGGUUUCAGUUUAUAAAAAAAUAAUCUAAGAUAGUUCCAAACACUAGAUUUUGUCCGUAAUUGUUUUGCAUGGGUUUUUUUAAGAAUAAGAAGAUCUCAUUUUAAAGAAAUUUGUAAAAUAUUCAAGUGAAGGUCCAGUGUGGAUUGGAUUUAGUCAGCUGUCACAAGUGCAAUAGAAUAGAACAGCGUACUGAAGUUGGUCACCCUCACCCUUAGAGUGCCUUGCGUCUUUACCGACUUGUCCCUCAUUGUUACAAUUACCGUAUCUUGCACACGUUUUUGGAUAAAUUUCAUUCUGAGUAGCUAUUGAACAAGCUUUUUGGAGCCUUAUGUAUUUUAUUUAUAAAUUGUUGAAUGUAUUAAAAGUUUCAUUGGGAAUAGUCUUUAUUUAAAUAUAUUCCCAAUCUUAUUUAUUUAUAUCCCUAAGUGAGGGGGUAUUCCUAAAAUCUCAAAAGUGAAAGGAUUUGUUACCUUUAUUUCUAAAAAGAUUUACAAAUUCUUUGCAUUAUUUCCAUUACAUUCUUUUCUUAGAUUAAAAUAGUUUCCAAUUUAAUGCUAGAAAAUUUUUUCUCCCUUCUUAUCAAAUUUAAAGUUUUACAAUUAAAGAAUGAUUAGUUCAUUAUUAUAAAAUAUUGUUUGAAAAUGCUAAGCUCAGUUAUUUACGAAUCAAGUCGGUAAAGGUCAUGUUCAAAACAAUAGUUGUCUCAGGCAUGUUAUGUUACUUUACAAUGCUCAGAAAAUGGGUAAAAAACAACAAAAAAAUACAAAAAUAUUCUUGGCAAUUGCGAAAAAAAUUGCAAAAUGGGUUUGUAAGGUACUUACAAGAAAACCUGAAAAAAAGUGUUCAUUUAGGGAGAUACUUUGUGUAUAUAUUCGUGCAUGAUAACAUUGCUUAUUCGUACAAUAUCUGUUUUCAUUCGUACUGUUACAAAACCUGUACAUAUCUGAAAAAAGAGAGCUGUUAUAUAUUAUAACACGGAUGUUGAAAUCCUGAAUUGAUUAAUUAUUUUAAGUAAUUUGUGUUAACGUGUUUGGAUUUUGUUUCUUAAGCUUUAAUUAUAUAUAAAAUAUUAGCUACUUAAAUUCAGAUUUAAAGUGAUUUUUUACAAUCUAAUUCACGUUUGAAGACAAUUUUACAGUUUCUUUUAAAUUUUAAGAAGUACAAUAUUGUUAAGUUAUUGAAGUAUUUAAAAACAUUUUACGUGUAGUCUUUGUACAUUUAAAACAUCAACAAAUUUCAAAAGCCAUCCAAACAUGUACCCAAAAACUUGUUAACAGAUAAUUACGUUAUUAUUACUCUACUGAUGUCAUAUUGUAAAAUGAGCCGAUUUGCCUAAGAAAGUUUAAGUUUUAUUGAACUUUCUUGUUCAUAACAGUAUUUCAAAGAUUUGUGGUAAUUUUUUAAAAUAGGAAUACCAUUAGUUUUGAUGUCAAGUCAAUCCAUGAUAGAAUCAAGUCAAGUUUUAAAGUGUUACGCUACAUUUUGCAAUAAUAUUUUUAGUGUACAAUUUUAGUGAGAAGCAUUAUUUUUAAUUUACAAAGUAUAUAGAAUGUUACGUUAGCCAGGUAGUGUAGGUUAUGUGUGUCGUAUCUCAUGUAUGUAUCAAGUUAAAGAUCUCAAUCUGCCGUUAUGUGUUUGUGUUGAGGUUUGUUAUUCACGUUUCAAGUGUUUACUAUGCUUGAUAUAAUAUAUUAUAGUAUUUUAUUCUUAACUAAUGAAUUUGUAACUUAGCAAUGAUAAUAAUUUUAUGACUGGAGAAUUUCAAAAAGUUGAACUCGAUUUAAUGUUGAUAUAUUUUACUUUAUCACCUAAGACAUUAAAGCAUAUUUAUUUAAUACAUGCAUCUUGAGUUAUUUAAUUUUCAUAGUACACUGGUGACACUUUUUUAACGAAGUGGAACGUGCAUAUUACAUAUCUUAUGUUCUUUUAAACUAAAACCAAUUAAUAUUUUAAGUAUGUUUAAUAGUAGGAUAAUUUGUUGGAACUAACUCAAAUAUAAACAUUUAUUUUGAAAAAUUAUUUUGUGAUUUCAUUUAAAAUAAAGAAGUUAAAUAAUUUUACAUUUUUUUAAAUGAAAGACAACUAACAUAAUAUGGAGUUUUCUUCCAUUCCUUUGACAAUGUCUGAAUCUUGUAUCCAAUAACCUGAAUCCUGGGAGUGUGAUUGAUGAAUCCACAUAACAAAAAAAUAGUAGAAAGUCAAUAACUCCUAUUGGUUUGAUUUAGUUGCCUUAUUCUAUGUCAUGCUCCCAGUCUGUAGCAAUAUUCUAUAAUAAUUGUUCGUCAGAUUUAAAACAGAUUAAUAAUUUAUGUAUAACCAUAAAUCAUCAGUACAAGACAAUUUGUGCAAAUUAAGGUUGGUAAAAAUGACCAAAUCAUUAAAUUUCUUACAAAAUCCAA